AUGUUGACGGCUCAGAGUAGGCAGACGAGUUACGCUAAUGUUAGGCAAAAAGAUUUGGGGUUUAAGGUAGGUGAAAAAGUGUUUAUGAAAGUGCCACCUAUGAAAGGGGUGUUUAGAUUUGGCAAGAAGGGUAAGUUGAACCCUCGGUUCAUCGGGCCAUUUGAGAUCCUAGAAUGGAUUGGUUCUGUAGCCUACUGGCUGGCCUUGCCCCCAUCCCUUUCUACAGUUCACAAUGUUUUUUAUGUUUCCAUGUUGAGGAAGUACGUAGCAAACUCAUCUCAUAUUGUGGAUUAUGAGUCUUUGCAUUUGAAUGAGAACCUGAGCUACAAAGAGAAGCCCAUUCAAAUAUUGGCCAGGGAAGUGAAAGUUUUGCGCAACAAGGAGAUAGUGUUGGUGAAGGUCCUUUGGCAGAAUCAUCAGUUCGAGGAAGCAACGUGGGAGCGUGAGGAUGACGUGAGGGCGCAUUAUCCCAAAAUUUUUCAGGAUUAG